CUUUCUUCAACCAACAGCGCAUAUCAAUUCAGCCUCUCUUCAAUCCUUUCAGCAAUCACUCUUCUUCCUUCACUUCUCCCUGUCUAUACUUUGCAUCUAAAUCUUGAAGCCUGUUCUUCCUUCUAACAAACCCCUACACCUUCAAAAUGGCGCAAACCCCCGAGCAGCGACGUCGCAACGCCAAGUUCGCAAAGGAGAACGAGGCCAAGAUGGGCAAGUCUGAGGGCCAGAUCAAGCAGCGCGUCAAGGAGACUCCCAAGUCUCCCAUCUCCCUCUUCUGGGUUGUCCUCCUCGGCUUCAUCAUCUUUGGCGGUCUCGUCUUCGAGGCCAUCUCCCGAUUCUUCGGUUAAGACAAGACGUCUCUACUCGACGAAAACCACAACCAAAAACACCAAAUCGACAAAAAACAAUGGCUCCUCCAGUGGUGCAAAAAAAAAAACCGGAGAAGCAGGCCGUCAUCUGCACCGAUACCUUUUUUCUUUAUGGGAAUGUUCUCUACCCCAACUGCCAUGACCGGCUGGAAACAAAAAAGGGGGAAAGGCUUUUUAUACCUGUAAUUUUGUUUUCACUGAAACUGAAGAGUUGACUUGAUAUCACAUGGAACUUUUGGGGGAGAAUCGGCGCAAAAUGGAAUCAAAUAUAAUCGG